AACUAAUAUUUGUUUAAUUAUUUACUAAUUCUUAUACUUAUUCCAAUUUGACACAUAUGCUAUAGCAUACAAUUUUAGAAGAACCAAUAUUAAAAACUUUAAAACAUACUCCGUAAAUUAGUAAUUUCAUGAGUUCAUCAUCCCGGCCAUUCUAUUAUUCAACGUUCAUUACAUUACCAACUUUAUUUGCGAUUUAUUGUUAAUAUAUACAUACUCUGUAUAGUACUAUUAUUCGUAUGUAGUUAGGGUGUGAUCUAUUCACUUUAAUAUAUUUGAACUGAAUUUAUUAAACAUAACUACCUGAUCCGCCUUAAUUAAACCUAAAAAUUUAACCUAUCAUGUUUAAUUUAUCGAUUUGAUCUCGACUUUUUUUUUUUUUUGACAAUUUGUUUCAUCUCGAUGUUAAUGAAUGAAUAGUGAUUAAAGAUGUAACGUUGACAUAAAGCUAAUACUACACAAAAGCAACAUAAAGCAAGUAAAAAGAAGUGGAUUAAACAAAAUUGCAAAUAGUAGUUUGUUCACCCACCCAAUGUUCAUUAGAUUAUCAAACUUUGCUUAAUCCCCAUUAUUUGAAAUGUUAUUCAAAGCACGGCAGAAUCUUCCAAACUUUCUCUCUCCUUCAAACUCCAAAUGGUUGCUUCCACCCUCCCCACAUUCUUCUCUUAUAUUACUCUCAAUUUUUUUUUAAUUUAUUGUCCAAUUUUUUUACUUGUUUAUAAAUAAACCCAAACAAUUUAUUUAGAUUUUGAAGGCUCAACUCCCAACAUAACUAACUUUUCUAUUUUUAUUUGUUCAUUUUUUAGCCAUGCACUUUCUAUUACCCUUUUUGCUCUUUCUAUUACAACUACCUUCAGCCUUUCCCGCCAGAACUUUCCCUCAACCAUCUAUCCUAAACUUCAAUGACACCACCACCUCCUCCGUUGUCGCGGCCGCCUUUAACUCUUCCUCCACCCCGUGGGGGAACUUCGCGAAGUUUGCCAACCUCGAGAAGGGCAGCCACGUAACCGGGAUAUGUGAUCUCAAGACCUACCUCAACCGCUUCGGCUACCUCCCGGCGCCGGCGCCGGGAAACUUUUCCGACGACUUUGACUCCGACCUCGAAUCUGCAAUCUUAACUUAUCAAAAAAACCUCGGUCUACCUCCCACCGGAAAACUCGACACUGAGACUAUUGACCUCAUCAUGGCCCCACGUUGCGGCCUUGGCGACUCGCACCUUCGCCAUAACACCACCACCAUCACCCACCUACACGAAACUCGUCGUUACGCCUACUUUAACGGCCGUCCACGGUGGACUCAUAACUCUCCUAUGACUUUGACAUACGCUUUUUCACCGGACCAUAUGAUAGACUACAUCUCACCGGAAGAAAUCAAGGCGGUGUUCUCACGCGCCUUUACGCGGUGGUCCGAGGUUAUCCCCGUAAAUUUUACGGAGGCACAAAACUAUCGAACGGCCGAUGUUCGUAUCGGUUUUCAUAGUGGUGAUCACGGUGACGGAGAGCCGUUCGAUGGCGAACUCGGAGUUUUAGCACAUGCUUUUUCACCUGAGAAUGGAAGACUUCAUUUAGAUUCAGCUGAAACGUGGGCCGUUGAUUUUGGAAGGGAAAGAUCAAAUGUAGCCAUUGAUUUGGAAUCAGUGGCAACGCACGAGAUAGGUCACGUGCUUGGGUUAGCCCAUUCUUCUGUUAGUGAUGCUAUUAUGUACCCGAGUUUAAGACCACGGAGUCGGAAAGUUGACCUACGUGUCGAUGAUGUUGAAGGGAUUCAAGCUUUGUACGGGUCUAACCCGAAUUUUAAUUACGGGUCGUUGUUAGAAUCCGAUAGGGAAACUUCUAACAGCGGUGCUGGUGGUGGCUAUAGGAAAGGUUUCGGGUUUUCGACGUGGUGGCUUUGGACUAUUGUUCUUAGCUUAGCUCAACUCAUUUAUUUUUAGGGCCUUUUCAAAAAAAAACAAAAACAAAAAAACAAAAAAACAUACUUAUACUUGGUAUAUUUUAGAGGAUCGAAUGUGAAUAUUAAUUUUUUAAUUAA